AUGGAUGCAGGGGUAUCAGAUGAGUACAUGCAGUACCAAGCGACACAUCUGAUUCUACGGAUAUCCGAUCCAGCAGAGCCGGUGCCCAAGUUUAAGGUUGAGAGGGGACAGAGACGAAGGAGGGCAGGAGGUCAAGGACUGAUGGCAGGUGGAGGAAGGAGAGGAGAUGGUGGAGACGGAGGAGGAAGUGGUGGAGGAGGAGGUGGUGGAGGAGGUGUGAUUGGUGCUACUGAAAGAUUUAUGGAGAUUGCUGACUCUGACAUAGGAAAUACUGAUGUUGUUGAUUUAGCUGUUUCUGUUGGAAUUGCGGGUGUUGUAGAUACUACUAUGGGUUCUGAUACAGUGGCUACUAUUAAUGGUGCUAUUGAUGUAUCUAAAAGGUCACCUGCCAUAGAACUGACCACCUCAAUAGUAAAGCAGGCCCAAUUGGGAAAAUGUUGUGGAUCUGGUGGUGGUGGGGGUGGUGGAUCAACAUCUGCAUCAUCCUUAAGAGAUAAAAAAUCCUCAAGAGAUGAAGAGGGAGGAGUAGGUAGUGAGGGAGAAGUUGGUGGAGGACAAUUUGGUGGAGUGAAGAGCUCAUCAAACUGA